AUGGCAGACCGUACGCAAACAUUACAUCCUACGAUUGUCAGUGAUGGACAUGGAACUGCAGUCCUGAAGCAGAGGAACACGCUCAUGUGUGUAACUCGUUUUAAACAUGGAGCUGCAGAGCUGAAGCAGAGGAACACGCUCAUGCAUGGAGGACGGUUUGCUCAUUUCACCAAAGAGGGAAAACAAAUGGUCAAUGGGUGUCUUUCACCCAUCUUCAGACUGAAGAGGAAGAGACAGCCUACUCAAGAGACAAAUCAGCGGCCUUGGACAAUGACCAACCAGUGCAAGGCAAAAAGUACUGAAAUUGUCCAGCAAACACAGUUGAAAGCGGGGAGCAGCUCAAUUAGGGAACACCUUGAGGCUAUCUUAACUGGGGACCUUAUUUCAACUUGGGAAUCCAGGAGGGAGAGGCCAACCCUUUACUUUGAGGACGAGCAACUGGAUGAGGUUGCCGUCAUCAGGGAGACCCCAAGAGCAAGACAGCAGAACGACUGGAUUGACGUCGUCAUGAAUGUGCUCGUACCGUGA